AUGGUCUCUCCUGUUUCAUCAAAAUAUGCCAUUUAUCAAAGUGAUAGUGAAGUGCGAGCCAAAGGUAUUAUUAAAGAUAAUGCACCAAUGCGUUUAAGGAUGGAGGCUUUUGUAAAGCAUCUUCAAAAGACUAUCUGUGAAGGAAUAGAAGAGGUUGACGGCAAGGGAAAAUUCACUCGCUCCGUUUGGGAACGUCCAGAGUUUGGCGGUGAAGGCAUCACCUGUGUUCUGUCCGAUGGUGCUGUCAUGGAAAAGGCAGGUGUUGCCGUAUCUGUAAUCUACUCUGAACUGACUCCAGAAGCCAUUCGACAAAUGCGUGAGGACCGUGGUAAGGAUAUUGACGCUGAUGGUGUCGUCCCUUUCUUUGUCACUGGUAUUUCGCUCGUCAUGCACGCAAAGAACCCAAAUGCGCCUACGGUCCAUUUGAACUAUAGAUACUUUGAAGUCAUGAACCCCGAUGGUACUCCAAAACUUUGGUGGUUUGGUGGUGGUGCUGAUCUGACUCCUGUUUAUCUCUAUGAAGAAGACGCUGUUCACUUUCACAAAGUCUAUAAGGAAGGUUGUGACAAGUUUGAUAAAGGCUAUUACCCUCAGAUGAAAAUGGCGUGCGAUAAAUACUUUUUGAAUGUGCAUCGAGGAGAGGCACGGGGUAUCGGUGGUGUCUUCUUUGAUGACUUCAAUUCCAAGCCAGCAGAAGAGAUAUUCGCGUUUGUAAAAGAACUUGGUUACAGAUUUUUACCAUCCUAUGUGCCCAUCUUGGAAAAGCGAAAGGAUAUGCCGUUUGAUGAUGAAAUGGUGCGCUGGCAACAGAUACGUCGUGGUCGAUAUGUCGAAUUCAAUUUACUUUGGGACAGAGGUACCAAGUUUGGCUUGUCUUCCCCUUGUUCUCGUGUUGAAUCUAUCUUGAUGACACUUCCACUCACCGCUCGUUGGGAAUACAUGCAUGAACCAGAACCUAAUUCAAGAGAAGCUGAGCUUGUCAGUGUGCUGAAGUGUCCUAAAGACUGGAUUGCUCACUAG